GAGGGAGCGGAGCUGGCGAGCGGCGGCGGCGGGAGUGUGUCCGAGAUGGCGAGCGUCCUGUCCAGGAGGCUGGGGAAGCGGUCCUUGCUGGGCGCCCGCAUUUCCGCUCCCCCUUUGCUGGGGGACGGGGUGCUGAUGACAGCCCAGGUCCUUCCCCUGCAGCUGGAGAACAGCAAAGCGCCCCCUCUCCUUCCUUCGUAUGAGGACGGCCACUUCAAGGAGCAUGUGGAGGACUCCGGCAUUCGGAACCCAAAGUGGCCGGCGCUGCAACCAGGCCAAAAGGUGUGCGUCUUUUACAACGGGCAGGAGAACGCUGGCCUGGUGGAGCACCACGACCCCGUCAGUAACGACGUGAAGGUGCUGCUUCUGGAGCACGGCUUUUACGUCUGCAGGAAAGCCGAGGAAGUGAGGCUGCUUGACGUCCAAACAUCACCUCUCCCAGCCCUGGAGGUGGACCAUGGGACUCCCAUGCCGACGAGCUACGGCACGGCUUCGGUGGCAAUGGACCAUUGUCCGUCCAUGACUGAUGCUGCGGUUGCAUCUGCUCCAAGAUCAGUUUCCAGGAGCAUUGAUGUACCCAAAAGGAAAUCGGACGCUGCUGUGGAUAUGGAUGAGAUGAUGGCAGCAAUGGUGUUGACCAGCUUAUCCUGCAGCCCAGUGGUGCAGAGUCCCCCGAACAGUGACGCCAGCAUGCCAGCGUCCCAGGCUACGUGCGACGGGUGGAAGGAGAGUGGCGACAUGUCGGACGGCGGCAGCAGCACCACCAGCGGCCACUGGAGCGGCAUCUCCACGCCUUCUCCGCCCCACUCCGAGGCCAGCCCCAAGUACUCGAGCGAGGCCUUCAGCUCUCCCCGGGCCGACGACGGCUUUGAGACGGACUCGGAUCCCUUUCUCUUUGAAGAGCCGGCCCCCCGGAAAAGGAAGAAUUCGGUCAAGGUGAUGUACAAGUGCUUGUGGCCCAGCUGCGGCAAAGUCCUUCGCUCCAUCGUCGGGAUCAAGAGGCACGUGAAGACUCAGCACCUGGGGGAUGGCGCCAAUUCUGACCAGCGGAAGAGGGAAGAGGACUUCUAUUACACGGAGGUGCAAGUGAAGGAGGAGGCCCCUCCGGAGCCACCGGCAACGGCUCCCAGCCCCACGGCGGCCUCCUCCCCCAUUGUCAUCCAGCAGCCUCCAUCCCAGCUGGAGGCCCUUGUUCUGGAUCAAGUGACCCCUUUCGAGCCUCACCUGCCCAGCAGCGCCCUCAGCCAGUCCGCCCCCAGUUCUUUCUGGCACAUCCAAGCCGACCAUGCGUACCAGGCUUUGCCGUCCAUCCAGAUCCCUGUCUCACCGCACAUCUUUACCAGCAUCAGUUGGGCGGCUGCCACAUCCACCAUCCCCACCCUUUCACCGGUUCGAAGCCGGUCCCUGAGUUUCAGCGAGCCCCCGCCCCCGCCGCCCCCCGUGCUGAAGUCCCACCUGAUCGUGGCGUCCCCUCCUCGGGCGCCCAGCGGCACCAGGAAAGUCCGCGGCGAAGCCAAGAAGUGCCGCAAAGUUUACGGCAUCGAGCACCGGGACCAGUGGUGCACAGCCUGCCGGUGGAAAAAAGCGUGCCAGAGGUUUUUGGACUGAGAGUGCACGUGUGCGCACACCGCCCCCCCCCCACGCUUUCCAGUGGGAAGGCUGAGAGAGUUCCCUCUUGCUGUGGUCACGAGCAAGUGGCCAGACCUCCGCGUUUCGUUUUGUUUUUUGCCACAUCUGGGGGCCCGGGGGCCUUGGGGACGAUUCCUGGUGCUUCGGCGGAAAUGUCAAGCGUCACCUCUUCGUCCAGAGCUCUGUAUAGUCUACGUCUACCAGGUUUUCUAAUGUUCAGUGUUUCGUUGGGGGUGAUUCUUUUUCUUCCUUUUUUUACACGCUUUUCCUUUUGUAAAAACAACACAGCAGCCUCCCUUUCUCUUUGUAAAUAAGAGGGGCAGAGAAAACG